AUGGAGUUCUGCAGGGUCUCGGCGCCCCCUCCAGCAGCACCACUUGGCAGCGAAAUCAAAGACCCAGAUUCCCCGCACAUCCAGGUCAUUUGGCUCAAUUGGCAUAGCGGGCUCUUCAAAAGCAGCUGCCUGGGAGGGUCCUCGUUGCCAGUUGCGAGUGAUUUCAACACCAUUGGCGUGGCACGCACUCUCAAGUUGCAAGUCUGCGCUGGGGCCACCCGCGUCGACAAUGCGGACAACAUGGGUGAUUGUUGCUCAACCGCAGCUGAACAGCGCAAUUCAGGUGAAUCCUCAUCUGACACGGGCACGGCCAAAUCCAAACAGGAUGGCGGAACUGGCGGAAAAAGGUUGGACAUGUCCUCGCAGCUCUUGCAAGGUGAUGUGGUUGCAAACGAAACCUUCCAUUUCGUUGAGCAAGCCUUGGAGGCUCGAGCGGCGAUUGAUGAGCCAGUCAAAGCAGUCUUUCAGCAGCGCCCUGAGCUGCUCUUGUUGCUUCCAGCACGCUAUGUCGGAAAGGAAAAAUCGAAGGAGCUCCUCCUACGCAACACAUACAUCAACAGUCAGAUGGGCCCACUGGCAGAGAUCCAGUUGGAGGCCCCAGGCCAGGGCUUGAAGCCUCAACGGCUUGCUUGGAUGGAUGCUGGCCUGGAUGACAGGAAUGGGCAACCUGUUCUGACAUGUAUCUUAAAGCGGCGCCUGUCGCAACAUAGUGGCGUGAGUCAGGUGAAUGUUUCCUGGUCUGGAAAGGGCUCAGGCUUGAUCUUGCUGGAGUGUGCUGAAUGCUGCGUUGUUGCGUUGCGCAAGAGGCAUGUGGGUGCCGCCCAAGCAGUCAACAGUACAGACGAAGAGAAGUUGGUGGAGUUGCAGCGGAGGUGCUUGCCGUCCUUACCCGCAACCUAUUUGGAGCCAAUCCUUCCAAAGGAUUCCAGAGCUUCGUGCUUGGCUGCCAGACCUGGUCCCAACUACCCUUUGCUGCUGGCUGGGGACAGCAGUGGUACUGUGGCGCUUUAUGAUGUUGACCCCAAAGCGGGCGAGGGCCACACUGCAAAGUCCGUAUGGUCUUUGUCUAUGCAGGAGGCACUGGUAGAGGUGUGCUGGGGACCAGGUGGUGGCUGCUUUGCUGUGGCAUCGGGAGGUGGCACAGACAGCCGUCUCCAGGGUCUGCGUGACCGGCAAAACCGUUCCAAAGGAGUCGAGAGCUGCUGCAUCACGAUUUGGAGCGUCCACUCUGCUGGUCCCAAUUGUUCUGUAGGCGAACUGAUGGCACCCAUUCGGCGAGAGUGGAGCCUCCGCUCGCUUUGUUUUUGCAACCGCGGCUUCCGAAUCGCUGCGGCUUCAGCAGGGCCCUUGUGCACAAUGGUUGUUGUGUUCGAUGCUGAUACGCUGCUUGAAGAGUGUCGCCUAGUUCUGCCGCGAAUGGAGAUGCAUAGUAUUGGCCACUUUAUUUCUUCGCCAGCGGCAGGAGCUGGUUCAGAACAUUUGAUACUUGCAGCAGAUCGGCGAGUUCUUCUGUGGGGACUCGAAGGCCAAUCGAGUCCGUCAACACCUCGUCGAGAUGUGGGUGGCAUCAAGUCGCAGCCGAUUGAUGUUAUCUAUUGGGACGAAAGUCCCAGCCAGGAUAUAUCCUUCACUGUGGAUAACGAGAGUUUGCAGGUGCUUGCAGUUCAGGAAGGAGGCUUGGCGCACCAGCUGGGCGUACGUGGAUCCUCAGGCUGGCUACUCUCUGGUUGGCGGUCACUGGACCCAUCUGCUGCUGGGAAGCCGCUCCAGCUUCAGCUGCCUCGGAGCAAGGAUGAGGUCAGCAAGAUGCUGAACUUCAAGCGCGUUCUGCUUCGCUUGCAGCCUCCGAAUGUUGACUUACAAACGCUGGAACUUGGCAACAGCCGCGUGCUGUGCGCUGCAGCUUCUCCGGACAACACGUUGCUGGCUGUGGGCUGCGAAAGGGGCGAUGGAACAGGUCAGCUUGCCAGCAACUCCAUCGAAACCGCCAGCGCGGAAGGUCUCGUUGGAUCCCACAAGCGCCGAGCACAAAGAUGGUCAGAGCACUCAAGCACUCUUUCAGUGUGGAGCUUGGAUACGCAGGAGCUGUGGCGUGCGAAAGAGGUGCCGCUUAGUUCGAGCAUUCCCGCCCUUUGUUGGCUGGAUUCCUGCAUGCUUGUCGUGGCACUUACCCAGACCAAGUCCGUUGGGCUAGUGAACGCCGAGUCCGGAGCACUUGUGCGCAGGUGGUUCUUCAACAACGAAACUCCUCAGCUAUUGGCGGCAGCGCGUGGCUGCCGUUGGGUGGCAGUGGGUUUUCGGUCACAACGGACUGGCAAAAAGGCCACACAUUGCGCCGUCUUUGAUCGAGAUUCAGGCGGCGGCACGUGGGUCCCUUGUGGGAUUUGUACACGUGCUCGACCAGUCGUGGCAUGCUCGGAUACUGGGCAAUUCCUUGCAGUUGCAGGCGCAGAUUUGAGACCAGCAUUGGCUUCACUGGAUGCGAGUCCCACAAACACAACGACGGUUGACGCUACACUGUCAGCAGCGGCUGUGGAAACCAGGUCGCGCUCCAGGGGGCUUUCCAUCUGGAAGAUCGGGGACAUGACUCGACAGAAGGUGAGCGGAAUUGCAGGGCAAUGGAUCGCGGAGAGCGUGGCUCUACAUGGUGAGCUUUUGGUGGCCAGCUUCCAGGGUGGAGGCAUCAUGAAGGCCUACCGCCUGCCGGACGAGGAGCUCUGUACCGAAGAGCACGCGCAUUCUUUGCAGGCCGUGGCAGCGUGUGACGACCCCACAAGCGGCGUGGUGGCAGCGGCGGGUCCCGGCGUUGCUUUAAAACAUUCCCAGAAGACAGUCGUUGGUCUGGCAUGCUGGAUAACCCGGCACAGUUCUAGGCAAAGCCGGCACAGUUCUACUGGCAUCGAAAAGGCCGAUCUCACUUUCUCCUUGCCCGGGGCAGCUGUUGCUGCGCUGUCAUUCCUCCCCGAGCGCAUGUUCCUUGCGGGUGGCGUGAACCUGCGUGCCAUGGCCGUGGCAUGCAUAUGGAACUUGAGUGAGGCAGGUGCUGCGCGGGAGAUCUGCGAGGUUCGACUGGACAUGCGCCCAGGACUGCGUUGCCUGGCCAUUGGUCACGACGGGAGCCAGCGGCAUCGUGAUGUGCAGCGCGAGGCAGAAGCCCGGCGUUCGUCCCCUUCGGCGCUCAAAGAGCCGACACGGUCAGGCAGAAAGCCUUCCCAAAGUGGUUUGUUUCAGCCCCUUGCAGAGACGCUGCCUGCAGCUGUGUUGGCCAGCAGCGGGUCAGACUCGCGCGUUGUCGUCCACGAAGUCCGCUGUGGCUUCCGCACAUUCUUUGACAUUAGUGAGCCGACGGACGCGGACCUCUUGCCCAGAAGACAACUCACGCAGCUUGCGCCAACAGUAUUGCGCUUUGCAAGCUCCGGUCGUAUGUUGGCUGCUGGGGACAACGCAGGACGAGUUCACCUCUUUCUGCUGGGACGACAUCGUGCCGAAAACGACAUUGUGCAGAUGCGUGUCCAAGCCCACCGCGUGCUUUCUUUGAGUGGCCACGUCUGUGAUGUCAUCUUGAAAGGCGAGCAACUGUUUAAAGCUGUUUGUCUUCAGAGUCCAGUGGAGUCACGUACGCAGCAUCAAGAAGCUCCGCGUGGAGACCGCUCAGUGAUGGUAUACGACCUUCUCAAUCCUUCACUCGAGUUCAUGUUGCCGGAUUUGAAGAUGAAGGCUGAAGACGCCAGUUCUGCAUUCGGCGCCCAAUUGGAGAUGUUACCAAGUUUACUUCACCAGCAGCUCCCCCAAUCAGGCUGGACGCUUCUCCACUGCUGCGCCUGCCGCGGCCAGGCCCAACACGCGCGGCUGCUCGUCCGGCUUGCGGCUUCCCCAUUCCAGCGCGACGCCUUGGGCCGGAACGCACUGGAUGUUGCGUUGCAGCACAAUGAAUUCGGAGUUGUGGAGGACUUGAUGACGGUGCUGAUGGAGCAAAGGCACACCGCGGAGUACGGUCAUGCCUGGGACCAGUUUGGUGAGAAUGCUGAGAUCCUUGGUAGGGCGCUUCUUGCCAGCAGCUUGCCAGCAGAGCACCAGGCUCUGACGCAAACCGUCGUACGGCUGCUGCGUCACAGAAUGGCGACCCUCCCGGAUUUUCUGGACACAGUCUGCUGUGGAGUGCCGCGGCACUUUGAAGUGACCCGAGCUGGGGAGAAGCUGAAAGUUCUGCCCUCGCGGGCUGCGCUGAAGGAGAACGAAUUCAUGAUUCGAGCCUACAGUGCACCAGUCUACCGGCCCGAAGCACCUGAGUUCAGAGGCUUGGUGCCGAGCUCCGAGGAAACCCACACGCCUGAGCGGCCCGUGGAGAUCCGCGUCUGGUACCUGCGUGGUGCGCUUGAUGAUGACGUGGGCCUUGUCCCCGCGCUGAAGGAGUCAGAACAAGAAGAAAUAAUGCGGACGAAGUUCGUUCACGUCCUAUUGGAAGAGCAAUGGGCAAAAGUGGGCCGAAGGCAAUUUCGUCUCGAACUGGUGCUAUACUUGAUCUAUUUGGUGUUCUUUGCCGGAUGGUGCAUUACUGGCCGAGCAAGCUGUGCAGAUCCUGGCCCCCCUGCAGACGAAACCGAGGAUUUCAGCAACGUGAUCGGCUUCGCUUUCCAGAUGUUCCGAGUUGCGCUUGUGAUCUUCCAGCUCUUCUUCUUGUAUGAGGAAUGGAAGCAACUCGCCUACGAGGUUCGCAGGGCAGAAGCAAAGAGCCUUGUGGACAAGAUGCGGGCUGUCCUGGGGUACUUCACAACCUGGAACAACUUGGACAUUGUACGGAUAGCUCUAAUCAGCACAGCCGUGGUUUGGAGCGUUCUUGAUCGAGCAGAUGUGUUCCUCGGAGACGGCAAGAACCUGCUCGCUGUAACCACGGUCUUCGUUUGCUCAAGGCUGAUCAGUUUCCUCCGAGCAUUUCCCAAUACAGGCCACCUUGUGAGGACGCUGAUCACAAUUUUUUGGGACAUGGCCGUGUUUUUCCGCCUCAUGCUGUUGAUGCUGCUGACCUUUGUCUUUGCCUUCCUUUUGCUUUACGACCAGCCCUUCUCGGUGGAAGGAAUUGCUGAAAUGAUGUGGUAUGUCUACGUUCAUGGGGUCUUUGGCGAUGGUGAAACUGCGCCGGGUGGUGCUGAUGACUCCACUUGGAUGGCAAGAUUGUUGCUGGUGAUGUGUGUGGUGGUCAUGCUUGUCGUGAUGAUGAACUUUCUGAUUGCCAUCAUGGGAGACAGUUACGACAAGGUUCAAGAACGUGCUGAGGAAGCACGAAACGUGAUGAGAUUAGAGCUGGUUUACGAGGCCGAAGUUGCCAAUGUCAUUCCCAGAAGGUGCCGGAAAGAGAAGGCCUACGUCUUCACCUGUGAAGGUGUGCGAUAUGCUGGAGGUGGCUUGCAAGCUACCCAGCAAGAAGCAAGCCGCUGGGAGGGUCGUGUGCGCCAGGUGGAGUGGAAGGCCAUGCGCCGUGAGGCUCGGCAGACUUGGGUCACGCUGACGGAGCAGUCUGGCCAACUGGCAGCCAUAGAAGACCGCAUCCAUGCGCUGGAGUCGCACGUUAACCAGGGCCAUGCGCGACUUCAAGAAACCCUUGCAUCUUGCCUUGCCUGGCUUUCUUUCCUUACCUGCUGUCCAGUUCUGUCAGAGUUUUUUUGUUGUAGGGGAUUGGAGGUACAUGCACAAACGAAAGUCCAUCACCAUUACCCCCAGCUCUUUGGGUCGAUUCACAGGGCCAAUGUCUUUGGCAGGGUGUCUUUUGCACUCCUCUUCAGUGGUGCGGCUUCUCAUGGCGACCUCCAAGUGACCGUGCAAGAACACUUGACAGACUUGGCACAUCAGAAAGUUCUUGCAUGUCGUCUUCAACCGAACUUUCCCUGA